AUGCCACAGUGCCUCCUGUGGGAUCUUCAGUGCUACUGUCCUGUCCCCACCACACACUUCUUCUGGAUGAUGGAGGGAGAGCCCUUCACCUCUGCAUUCUCCUCUCUGCUCUACUCCGCAGGGGAACACUUUGUUGCUCUCUCCUCCUCCUCGUCUUCCUCCUCGUCCUCAACAGAUUCAGCCAUCACUGCCAUGUCCCUGGAGCAGAAAACAACUUUUGCCUUGGUCAUCUUCCUCUUUGUUUUCCUGCUUAUCCUUAUUGUCCGAUGCUUCCGUAUCCUGCUGGACCCCUACCGGAGUAUGCCAACCUCCACCUGGGCAGAUGGCAUCGAUGGUCUGGAAAAGGGCCAGUUUGAUUAUAAUCUGGCCUAG